UCUGUGUCUUUGUAGGAUCAUAUGCUGAUAUGUUCAUCAAUCAGUCAAUUAUUCUCUGUGUGUUUAUAGAGCUAACAGUUUGGUGGCAUAGUUUGAGUGCUAGGCUACGCUAGGCAUGCACCAGUAUGCACGCGUUAUUGUGAUAGAAACCUUUCAGCCUGACCCUUGAUAAACCAUUGAUCAGUUGUGUAUUGCAAUAUGGACAUUGAUUAAGGCCUGAUUUCAGAGUUGACUCUUUCUACUGUUGUCGGACUGAAUUCGUCUAAAUCGGCCCUUGAGCUUUUGGGUACCAAAUGAGUUGUUUAGCUUUACAGCCAUGCCAAUCAGAAGUUGAACCAUGGGGAGGCGGUAUUACUGCGACUACUGUGACCGAUCCUUUCAGGACAACAUGCACAACCGGAAAAAACACCUCUUCGGUGUUCAGCACCACAGAUCCAAGAAGGCUUGGUUCGAUCAUUUUAGAGACACUGCAGCCAUCCUACAGGACGAGCAAGCAAAGAAACCAUGCAGGAAGUUUCUACAGACAGGAAAUUGUGGCUUUGGCCCCAGUUGCCGAUUUUCCCACAUGUCCGAAGAAGAGAUGGAACAGCUAAGAAUGCAGAUUGAAGACGAAAGGAGCCGCAGAGAAGACCCCCAGUACAGGGGCUCGGCGGCGGGGGGCGCGGAGGAAUGGCUGGCGAAGCGGCAGAAGAGGAGACCCGCCCAGAGCAGCGGCGGAGCGGCGGCGGAGGAAGAGGAGGAGGAGGAGGAGGAAGAGCAAACGGCGAGCGAUGUCGUCCAACAUCUGCUCUCCGUCCCUGACCUACCGCCCUCACUCCGGCCCCCUCCCCCGGGGGGGUGGAGGGCUGACCUGGACACAGCAUGGGGAUGAACGAUGCCUAAUAAUUCAUACGGAGCCGCCGCAACGCAACCUUUCACAAGGUCACAGCCGUCACAUCAGGGGAUGUGUCGGUGCAACACGACGGGGGUGUGUUGUUUGGUUUGGUGUUUCCUUAUGAUCCCGAAAAAGCGACCGUACAUAUUGACCCACAUCCCAGGGCGUAGGAAAGGGAAGCAUUACUUCCCAUCUCAGUGAGUUAUAGCGGUGGUAUUGCCUGUUUUGAGUGAUUCUAUUGUUAUCUUGCACAAUGGGUAACCUUGUGUGUCUGAUGCAACAUUCUGUCACCUUGAUGUUUUUUACUAUUUGAGCUGUGUGAUUUAUAAUUGACUGGUUUUACAGUGAGUUCUUCGUUAUCUUUUUUUUUUUAUAGUUUCGUAUUGUAUUUUUCGCUUUUACAAGCACGAGCUUUCUCAAUUUUGUGUUCAUUUCUUCAUCAAUGAUAUUUUUUACAGAAAUAACGGUUAUAAUAAAUUCUCAACAUUAA